AACCGCGCUUUAGUGACAGGUUGAUCUCCAUCACACAUCACCAGUCGAUUACGAAGAAAGCAUGAGCGACGUGCAAUCGCUCAGUGAUUCGCCAGCGUCGUCUGUGGGGCUUGGCAAUUCGCUCAUGUGGGAGAAAGUAGCGCUGUCGCCGCUAGAGCUUCUUUCAGUGCAGCUGGAGCACGAGUUACAGCACGCCGAAGAGGUGGCAGCAGCAUCCGCUGCAGGCAAACAGAACAAAAACGGUGUGGAUGUGGACACCAGCACUGGUAAAGCGGCAGGACGAGUGACCAUCGAAGUUUUGGCAGCCAAGGGUCUGGCACUUGACAAGAACGCGGCAGUGCAGGCGGUCAGUACCAAUACGCAGCCAGAAUUGUACGUGUCUACGCAGGUGACUCCGCUCUCAGCGUUCGAGAAGACCACGAAGAAGCACUUGCGUACUGCCGGCGUGCAAGCUGUGGACAAUGCAACUGCAGGCUGGAAGGAGACGCUGGUGUAUGAAGGUGCUAAGACCAAGAAGUUCAGCGUGAAGGUCUCGCUUAGCUGCAAUGCUGAGGUCAUUGCGGAUGUCGUUCUCGGAGAGCUGGAGUUGCGCAGCACUGACUACCAAGACCAGAUGCCGCACGAAAAUUGGUUCGAUUUGAAGGCACCGACCACUGUAGCAAGCAGUGGCAUUACUGGAAAGCUACUUCUGCGCAUCAGGUUCGAGUACUCUGUGCGGGAACGUCAUGAACGUCAGGUGGCUCUACUCCGAGAGAAGAAGCGUGAGAACGAUGAUGAUAUCGAACGAUACAAGUCCACAUCGCGUCUUGUGAAUGCGCCAGUACGACACCCUGCUGCGUUCGGCAAGGAGACGGCACGAUCUGCGCUUUACCUGCCUGGCAACAAGUUCCUUAUCGAUGCACAUCACCCGGGUGCCGUAAGUGUAGCGCCUCUUGCGGACAAGACGCGCAUUGUGACUCCGUUUGGACGAGGCGUUGUGGUAUCAUUCCGACCAGAGACCAAGAUGUAUGUGGUGCAAUUGGACACGGAUGCUGCGUCGAAGAACCACACCAUUGCUUACUUACGCCAAAAUGUCGUGAAGGAAGAGCCCGAUGAGCCUCAUCUCCGUAUGCACAUGAAGGUUUCGACCCCGUACGGCUUGGGUGUACUGGAGGAGAUCCGCCCACACGACGACGUUCUGGUCGUCAAGACCGACUAUGCUCACAUGUUCAUGCAGCGUAAGGACGUCAAACUGCCGGUGAAGGAUAUCUCGGACAUGACGACGAAGGACCUGGUGAACGAAGCCAUCAAGCUCGCGGACGCUGGUAACGAGGAAUUCCGCGAGGGUAAGCUGCAGGACGCUGUGUACAGCUACCUGCGCUCGCUUGGGUUCCUUCAGCGCGUGGAUCAGGACAAUGCAACCCAUAAGGAGAAGGCAACCAUCAUUCAGACAAUGAUCCGUUGCCACCUCAACAUUGGAGCCUGCAAGUUGAAGCUGAACAUGUACACAGACGCCGAGAUCGCGUGCACGAACGCCUUGAGUAUUCUCACGGUGCUAGCCGAGAACCGCGAGGGCAACGUCGUCACGUGGAUGGGGCGCCUGGGCAUGUCUGAGCAGCUCAUGUUCGAGGAGUGGCCGUCCAAGGCGCGCUUCCGUCGCGCGCAGGCGUGUGUGAAGCUGGAAAAGUACGUGGACGCCAAGCAGGAUCUGCUGUUGGCGGUGAAGCUAAACCCUCGAGACAAGUCGUGCCGCACGCUGCUGGACAAGGUGAGCAAGCUGGUGGACAAGCAGAAGCGCGACGAGAAGAAGGCCUGGGGCGGCAUCUUUGACAAUCUUGAGACAUCAUCUUCGACCAUCAAAUCCGUGACAACCAAGACGACUGCCAAUACGACUAGCAAGAGCGGAAGCAGCGAGGAAACGUCGAUCUUCACGCGCAAGUCAAAGAAGCAGCAGGAGACUACAGUAGCAACUUCGGACGCAGCCGAGCCUUGGUACUUGACCACGCGAGCGUUGGCCACGGCCUCGGUGGUGACGGCGGGCGUGGCAGCCGUGGCACUGCUGGCGCUGAAGCCCAAGAGCUCAUAAGCAAGCGACCGAUGCGCACGUGUCCGCUGCUGCCACUUCAACCUUAGGUGCUGGCUCUCUGUCUGGCAUCUGCGACUAGGCUGAGUCGACUAUCGUCUCCACUGGGCUACGCAGCAGUGCGCGCCUUGGAUCAGAGUAGUCAGCAGCUGCGACUGCGACAGGGCUGGCGCAUCGUGUGGACGUGAGCGUGCGAGGACCUUGCUAGACGUUCCGCGCCGCCGUAUAACUCGCGUCCACUCGCUUUAACACCAGCGAUGCAAAUAAAUACACGACAGAAUUGUUUGAAAGAGAGGGUAUCUACUUGC